CUCAAGAUGGAAUCCCUGUCUGAAACUCCUCCUGCAAUCCCAGAAGACUCUGAAGUUAACUCGAAAUCUGUCCUUAAUAUUAAGUGGAACAGACUGAGUAAUGAUCCUGUUAGUUGUCCUUAUUGCAAAAACAUAGGAGAGAAUAAAUUACAUAUUACAGUGCUAACUACAACUAAGCUAAGAACUGAUGACUACGAAAAGCUACUUGAUCUUGGUUGGAUAAAAGACUGUGCAAGGCACUUAUUCAAGCCUGAUACCAUAAACUCAUGAUGCCCCUUUUACACCACCAGACUUGACAGUCUGGAGUUCAAAAUCUCAAAGCAACAGAAAAAGCACAUGAAGAGGUUCAAUCAAUAUCUCAAUGGAGAGAGAGAACUUGAGCUAAAAACUGAAGUAGUCGUUCCUAAGCCUGAGCAAGAGGAAUUAGCUAACAAAAAAGGCCAGGAUACACAAACAACUGAUCAGCAAGCUCAAGAUAUACCACAAAAAGAUGAGAAACCUCAGCCGAAUGAAUUUGGAGAGAUAGGAUACAUUGAAACUGGAGAAGAGCAAAAGAUCGCUAUUGAGGCUGGUAACUCCAGACCCUACACCGACUUCUUUGAUGAAUUUGUACCAAACACCACAAAAGAGUCAGAAAGAGCUCACAAAUACACUGUAUCUUUGCAUAGAUGUAUUUGCUACCAAGAAGUUUUGGAUCUCUAUCAGAAGUUUCAAUAUGCCAGGUUUGAUGAAGUUAAAACUAAAACUGACUUUAUGGAGCAGAGAACCAAUAGCUGCUUGUUCGACCCUAAAGAUCCAGCUUUCAGAAGCACCAAAACUGUCAAGGAUGAAACAAGAAGAGAUGAAGGUAGAGUUUUUAAAGAUGAGGGAAUUUAUCCAGAGUAUUAUGGAACCUACUACAUGCACCAUCGCAUUGAUGGCAAACUAGUUGCGUGUAGUAUAUUGGACAUCACAGAGCAUAACAUUUGUUCAGAGCUAACUUUCUAUGACCCUGCUUAUAGUGGUCUCUGUCUGGGCCACGUGACAGCAGUGAGGGAGAUGGAAUAUAUGCGAAAAAUAAGAAAGGAGUUCAAUAACAACUGAAGAUAUUAUUACAUGUCAGAGUAUCUCUAUAACAGUCCUAGAAGUCAAUACAAGAUCUGUAUGCAUCCCAUCAAGCUUUUAUGCCCCUUUACAUAUACGUAUGUCCCUUUGACAGCAUCCCUAAUCUCUCAAAUAAAAGCCCGUGAGCCCCAACUAAACCCUGAUUCUCCACCAAAGCCUCUAGUCCCAGAAACUGACUCACCUCAGGAGACUUCAGGAGAGUCUGAACCAGACCAAGACUCAGCUCGCCCAGUUGGGGAAUCCAAAUUAUCAAAGUGGACGAAGUCUUUGAAGAUAAUGAGUUCCAAAGACACCAUGUUACCUUUGAAGAGCUAUGGUCCAGCCCGCCGACUUCAUUUGAGAAGAGUACUGGAGAGUUACUACGAGAAUAUGGGAGACACCUUGCUUAAUGAUUUCGUCUGUGAAUAUCUGUAGUCAAUAUAUC